GUUAAUGUGGCGGAGACAUGUCCGAGAGACGCCCAUUAGGGAAACCAGGGGCGGAUUCCUACCAGGGAAAACAGAAAAGGAACGGUGCAUAAAAAGAAAACGGAGGGAGUUAUAGUGCGCACCUACUCCGCCGGAAUUUGACCUCGCCUUAUCGUGCGCCAGACCACCUCCGUCGCCGCUUACUCUCUCAGUUGUAGAAACCGGAAAGCAAGAACAGAUCCGUUCGAGCUUCCAUACUGAAGCCUGAAAAACAUUUUUUUACUGUUUAUCAACAUAACACAGCCAGAAUCCAACCAGAACUGCAUCAGAUCCUAAAGAAACCUGAUAUUGUUCUCCUCCUUUCUGAAAGUUGGAUUCCCAUGUCUCUAAUAUACCUGGUUCUGGUCCUGAAUCUGCUGAGCCUCGAAGCCACGUCGUUUUCAGCGGGAUCGCGUUCAAUCCUUCGUGAGAUCGGCGGUGGAAAUAGCCCUGGUGAGGUUAAGGACAACGCUGUGGAACUGAACGUCACGAAUUUUGAUGCGGUCCUCAGAGACACCCCUGCAACUUAUGCUGUCGUCGAAUUCUUCGCUCACUGGUGUCCUGCUUGCAGAAAUUAUAAGCCCCAUUAUGAAAAAGUUGCUAGACUUUUCAAUGGACCUAACGCAGUUCAUCCUGGUAUCAUACUGAUGACAAGGGUAGACUGUGCACUGAAGAUAAAUACCAAACUUUGUGAUAAGUUUUCUGUGGGUCACUAUCCAAUGCUCUUUUGGGGAGCCCCUUCUAAAUUCGUGUCUGGAAGUUGGGAACCUAGACAGGAGAAGAGUGAAUUGCAAGUGAUUAAUGAUGGACGGACUGCUGAACGCUUGCUUAAUUGGAUAAAUAAGCAAAUAGGAAGCUCAUAUGGCUUGGAUGAUGAAAAAUUUGAAAAUGAGCAUCUUCCAUCCAAUAUAUCUGACCCUGGCCAGAUUGCCAGAGCUGUAUACGAUGUUGAGGAGGCAACAGCCACUGCCUUUGACAUUAUUUUGGAGCACAAGAUGAUCAAAUCAGAAACUCGGGUUUCCCUUAUAAGAUUCCUUCAGCUUUUGGUGGCUCAUCACCCUUCUAGGAGGUGUCGAAAGGGAAGUGCAGAAGUACUAGUGAACUUUGACGACUUGUGCCCAUCAGAUAUGAUUCCUCCUGUUAGACAAGAAGCAGUUGCUAAUAAAUGUGAACUUCAGAAUUUUCUUAUCUGUGGAAAGGAAGUUCCACGUGGAUAUUGGAUGUUUUGCCGUGGCAGCCGGAACGAGACUCGAGGCUUUAGUUGUGGGUUAUGGGUUCUGAUGCAUUCACUAUCUUUGAGAAUUGAGGAUGGAGAAAGCCAGUUUGCCUUCACCACUAUAUGUGAUUUUAUACACAACUUCUUUAUUUGUGAGGAAUGUCGUCAACAUUUUUAUGAGAUGUGUAAAAGUGUUACAAGUCCUUUCAAAAAGACACGUGAUUUGGCCCUUUGGUUGUGGACUGCACAUAAUAAAGUCAACGAGAGACUUAUGAAGGAAGAAGCAUCUCUAAAGACAGGCGACCCAAAAUUUCCAAAGAUUCUAUGGCCUCCAAGACAGCUUUGUUCUUCGUGUUAUCUCUCUGGCAGCCAAAAAAAUGAAGGAAGCAAUCAGGUUGAUUGGAACCAUGAUGAAGUCUUCAAGUUUCUGACUGAUUAUUAUGGGAAAUUGCUUUUGUCUUUAUACAAGGAAAAGGGCCUUCUUGGAAGUGACGGGACAGAUGUGGCUCAUGAAGAUCUGGCGGUGGCAACAAAUGCAGUUGUAGUGCCUGUUGGGGCUGCCUUGGCAAUUGCUCUUGCAAGUUGUGCAUUUGGGGCGCUGGCUUGUUACUGGCGGUCACAGCAAAAGAAUCGGAAGUAUUACCACCAACUACACUCUUUAAAGAACAUAUAAUACUUAGGAGGUUAUGAUCUCUUUGGAAAAGUUAAAAAUUGUGUAGCUGAAAGGAAAAAUUUAUAUAUAGAGAAGUGGAGAGGGAGAGAUGUUUCUGAUUGUUAGGAUGUAACCUUAUUUGUUUUGUUCUUCCCCAAUAUUUCAGGCCAAGAAGAAGCUGGAACUAAGUGUUUUAGAAAAGACAACUAUACACAGCCAUUAAGGUGUCAGUCAGUCCGACGAAUCGGGGUCUGAUUAAGAAACCAGAUUACACCCUUGUACCAAAUGGCCUGCUUGAGGUCCCCGCCAUACUUUUGCUUUUAUUGAGCUUUUUGUCCCUCGAACCUUUAAUUUUGGACUGUACAGAUUAAUGUCAACAUAUUUGGAAGAAAAUUUGUCAUAGAUCUGUGUCGUUUUGUAUUUUGUUUUUUUAUGUACUGCACAGAUCUAUUAAAGAUAUAAAUGGAGGACUGCUUUUUGUCACUGCA